AUGACAAAAUGCACCGGCAAACGAUGUACCUCCCAUUUUGGAGUCAUCUGCACCCAUCACCAGUGGCUGACUGAGCUCAGCUGUCUCAACGUUGCAUUCCCCUCCUCCAUUAUCGAAAGUUAUCUUCCGUACUGUAGUAGAUCAGUUCUCGCCAAAGCGCAGUUGUAUCUAUGGAUUCGUAAAGUCACCUCUCGAACGUGGCUUGUCGAUGUCGGCGACGCGAAUGGGCUACAAAAUCUCUCACCAGCCUCCCUAGCUAAAGGGUACGCAGCCGUUGACGUGAUUAACAAUGCACCAACAUGUCUGACCGACUCGGUUUCUGCUUUAUCGAUGGAACCGUUUCAACAUGUAAUGGCCUCCUGUAGUUUCGCAAGCACUAGCCAGCACACCGGAAAUGCUGCUCGACCUUGGGAAUAUAGUGAAGGUCUGCGGUCCAUGAUCGCUCUGGAUUUUGAAACUGUUGGUUACAACCUCGUCAGGGGUCGCAUCGGAGAUGGCGACUAUUUUGAUAAAGAUUGCUUCUGCAACGCCUUCACUAUAGAUCUUGAAAAGGAACCUUGUUUAGGAUCAGGACAAUUGGACUUCACAAAGGAGCGUCUCUGGAUUAAUGCCACCUGUGGAUCGGCAUACUUACCCGAUGAUUGGACAAAAUCACUCAAAACCACACAGUUCGCGUACAUUCCCAUCGACGAUUGGCACUGGCCUAAGUGUGUCACUGAUAUGCCGAAGCAGGUGAUUGAGCUUACUGAUCAGUGUGCAACCGAUGCUUGUGAGCUCGGUGGCUACUGUAAAGUCAAGCGCGCAGUUGACAGGGCCUGCUUUUGUCGCGAAAUCAGGUACGAUAUCUGCGGAGGUUCGUGCCAGAUAUUCGAGACCCGAAUAGAUUAUAUUAAGUGGCUCCAUGAUCUUUGUGGUAAUGUGCAGGACUGGCACGGUCUGCCAGAUAACUGGCGUCAACUAGCUGCCCCUACACCUCUCGACAUGAUUCCAUGGCGAUGGGCAUUGAAGCCAUCCAACGAUUCAGACAUUCCCUAUGUCACCCGUUCGGGACACAUCAAGGCAACGGAAACAUGUGCCUCGAAUGAGUCGAAGCUUGUAAGCUUUGCUCUAGUCAAUAUAGCUACUUUCCUUGUGGCAUCUCUCGGCCAGAAAACAGGCAUACAUCGAAUCACACGCGGCUUUCUAUGGCACUCGCACCCGUGGUGUUGGAUUUUCAAGGGGACUUUAAUCGCUGGUCUGCAACUCCUUGCAAACUGGCUCAAUGUUCUUCUUGUUCAGAAAACCCCUGGUUAUAAGGACGUUCCUGUUAUUCAAUUAAUGCUUCUCUGGUGCUCAAUGCCUCGGCCUGCUUGGCUGACGAUUCUGUUAAUCGGUGUACAACCUUUUGGCGAGACGAAAUUCUUCGCUGCCGUGUCUUCGCUAUUUGCGGAAAUGAUCCUCCAGCUUAUAUCCUUAUAUCCCAUGGUUAUGACCGUUAAUUAUGGUCGAGAACACAAUUUCUACCUUGGAGGUAUGGAAGGAGCGGAGAGAAUGACACCGGCAAUAUUCAUGUAUGCUGGAGCACUCAUAUGGCUUAUUAUCUUUAGCGUGGUGUUCGCUCAGUACAUGCGGGCCACGCGUAGGAUGAAUCGGUUGACUAGACCUGGUAGACUUGACCUGCCAAAGUGCCAGAGAGACAAGCAGACGACAUCGAAAAUUGCAGAGCUGAUGGCCCACUUGGAUGUGAUGGACAAGAGUGGGGUUUCGGAAGAAAAACCGUUGACAAGGAGCGAAGGAAGAGAUCACACGGUCUAUGGCACUUUUACUGACAAAGGCCAAGUUUACUGGGUUUCCCCCAAGGAAGGUUCGAGAUUGUAUGCGGCUACGGUAAUAAGCAUGCUGUUUCUCUGGGUUGCGCAGUGGUCCUUUUGGGCUGGAUUUAUUGGUCUUAGUUCGGAAGAGUUCUGUCCCCCUCAGCUGAAGGUUCUCACGGCUGUCUGGACCGUGUUCUCAUCAGUAGGCGCCAUUGUCAUGAUGAUUUGA